UUUCGCUUGUCAUCCACUCUCAGAAAUCUGAAUACGGCUUUUUUAGCAACAUCGUCGAUAAUAUUGUUUGUCAUCCAACUAACUAAGUGAACCGUUUUAAGCUUUACUUUUUCGUUGCAUUUGGAUUUAAUUGUUAUAAACCAUGAAGAAGGCUGAAAAGAAAACCGAGGAAAUGUCCGAAGAGGACAAGAGACUGGAAGAAGAACUUCAUAUGUUGGUGGACAGAAUAUUAGAAAAAGAUGCAUCUCUUUAUGAACUUGCAUUAGAAACUUUACGUAAACUAAUUCGUACAUCGACAACAUCAAUGACCAGUGUGCCAUUACCAUUGAAAUUCUUGCGUAGCUAUUAUGCACGUUUAAAGGAACGAUGUGAUACCAUUGAAACUGAUGAGAAAACAAAGGCUUUACUCUGUUCAGUUGUAUCCAUAUUAGCUAUGGGACAAGAUAGAAACCUAAGAGAUACAUUACGUUAUUGCUUGAGAGCUGGAGAAGUAGAUGUUGGUGAUUGGGGUCAUGAAUAUGUUAGACAGUUGGAAGCUGAGAUAGCAGAAGAAUGGAAUAGUGAUCAAGAAAAUCGAAAUAAAUUACUUUCAUUGAUUAAAAAAAUUGUGGCUUUUGAUAUGAAACACAAUGCUGAAAUUCAAGCUUGUGAUUUAUUGAUGGAAAUUGAUCGAUUGGAUCUCUUACAAGUAGAUAAAUCAAAUUAUCUAAAAGUCUGCCUGUAUUUAAUUAAUUGUUCAAUUUACGCUGUCGAACCUGAACGAACUAAUAUUUAUAAUGAAGUAAUGAAACAUUAUUUGAAUUUUGAAGAAUACCCAAGAGCAUUAUGUUUGGCUAUGUCUGUUAAUGAUACAGAUACAAUGACGAAAAUAUUUGUUGCAUGCCAGGAUCCAGUCGUACGAAAGCAAUUGGCAUAUAUGCUUGGACGGCAGUAUGUUGGUUUAGAAUUAAAUGAUGAGCCUAAGGAUAAAGCAGAUCUUACUAAUAUUAUGUCUAAUUCUCACAUCAACGAACAUUUUAAUAGCUUGGCAAGAGAAUUGGAUAUAUUAGAACCGAAGACACCAGAUGAUGUGUAUAAAACUUGGUUGGAAGGUUUAGUUUUACGUCCAUCAUACAAUUUAGAUGUGCCUGUAGACUCAGCACGACAUAAUCUUGCAUCAACUUUUGUUAACGCUUUUGUCAAUGCUGGAUUUUCUAGAGACAAAUUGGUGUCUGUUGAAGAUGGCAACAAAUGGAUGUAUAAAAAUAAACAACAUGGAAUGUUGAGUGCAGCUGCUUCCCUUGGACUUAUUCAUUUGUGGGAUGUCCAUGGUGGGUUAACUCCAAUUGACAAGUAUCUUUAUACAUCUGAAGAAUAUAUUAAAGCUGGUGCUCUCCUUGCUUUGGGAAUUGUAAAUGUUGGAGUACGCAAUGAAUGCGAUCCAGCUUACUCACUUUUAUCUGAUUAUGUUUUACACGAGAGUGUUUUACUUAGAAUUGGAGCUGUCUUAGGUUUGGGACUUGCCUAUGCUGGUACAAGACGACAAGAUGUUAUAACAUUAUUGUUGCCAGUUAUGUCCAAUAAUAAAUCUACACCAGAAGUUGUUGCAUUGGCUGCUCUUUCUUGUGGAAUGAUUAGUGUAGGGGCUGCUAACCAAGAUGUUAUAUCCACAAUUCUACAAACUCUGGUGGAUUUACCUUCUACAGAACUACAAGAUGGCCAUUAUUCAAGAUUUUUACCGCUUGCUCUUGGAUUAUGUUAUCUUGGUCUUAAGGACAAAGCUGAUGCACUUGAUGGGGAUUUGAAUGUAUUAGCUGAUCCAUUUAAGUCCAUGGCUAAAAUGACAGUCAAAAUGUGUGCUUGUGCUGGCUCUGGUGAUGUACUGACUAUUCAAGAGUUAUUACAUAUAUGUAGUGAACAUUAUACACCAGCUCCAAAAGAAGAAGUUUCUAAAAAACAAAGUGAAAAAAAAGAUAAGGAUAGUGACAAAAAAGAAACUACUACGUCUGCAGAAAAAGAAAAGGAGAAAGAAAAAAACAAAGAGACUGCUAGUAAGGACCUUUCAACCAUGCAAGCUGUUGCAGCUUUAGCUGUAGCUGUUGUAGCUAUGGGAGAAGAUACUGGAUCAGAAAUGUGUACCAGAAUUUUUGGACAAUUAGGUCGGUAUGGUGAACCACCUGUAAGAAGAGCUGUUCCAUUAGCAAUUGCGUUGUUAUCUAUAUCAAACCCUCAAAUGAAUAUCAUCGAUGUGCUAAAUAAAUACUCCCAUGAUUUAGAUGAAGAAGUAGCACAUAAUGCUAUAUUUUCAAUGGGUUUGGUUGGAGCUGGUACUAACAAUGCUAGGUUAGCUACUAUGUUGCGUCAGUUAGCUCAAUACCAUGCUAAAAACACUGGUCAUUUGUUCAUGGUGCGCAUUGCCCAGGGUUUGACACACAUGGGUAAAGGUACGCUAUCAUUGUCGCCGUUCCAUACUGACAGACAAGUAAUGAAUCCUGUGGCUGUAUCAGGUCUUCUUAUCACACUAUUUAGCUUCUUGGACACUCGUAACAUUAUCUUAGGUAAGUCUCAUUACUUACUUUACACUUUGGUCGUUGCUAUGUACCCAAGAUGGCUGGUGACUUUGGAUGAAGACCUUGAGCCACUCCCUGUAUCAGUUCGAGUUGGUCAAGCUGUUGAUGUCAUUGGAAAAGCCGGUACCCCUAAAACAAUAGCUGGAGUACAUACCCACACGACACCAGUUCUAUUGGCAGUAGGCGAAAGGGCAGAACUCGCUACUGAUGAAUACAAAUGUCUUACACCUGUCAUGGAAGGAUUUGUUAUAUUGCGUAAAAAGCAAGAAAACGAGUAAUUUUUUUUUUUUUUUUCAUUUAUAUAUAUACUUCUUUUUUUACACAAAUUAGUUAUGUGUGUCAAUAAAAAUUAAUAUUAUUUGUAAAUAAUAAAUCAUAAAUAUUAAUAUUUAUAA